GGUUUCCACCACCUACUUCACAACAUUGUCUGUGUCUUACCCACUAAUAAUUAACUUUUAUCUGAGCAUGUGCUACAGUUAAAACUGACUAUCUGAUAGUGUGAUCUUUGUCAUGUUUUUUCAAUGGUCACAGAAAGAAUUAUGUGAUCUAAGGAAUUCUGUGCCUUCGAUUCAGAAAGGGUUUUUUACUGUUUGGAUAAAUUGCAUAGCUUUACAAUGAAUUCAAGUAGCUCAGCUGUCCUCAUUGGAGAAAAAAAGUCCAUUACAAGAGCUCAGUUCCUGUCUUUAUUGGAAACAUACAACUGCUAUUUAAAGGAGAACACACAUUUACAGCUCUCAUUUCAUGAGGAUGAAGGACAAAUUGUUGUAGAGGGAGUGCUGAAUAUAUCUUGGGGUGUACACCAGCCCAUUAGAUUAAAAAUUCAGGAUGAAAAACAGGUGCUUUCUUAUGCAACCCUUCGGUCGCCCGAGCCGGGUGGAAAAAGAGGAAUGACACGAUGGGGAGAGUUUGAUGAUCUUUACCAUAUAGAUGAAAUGGAAGAAACCAAACAAGAAACUGCUGCUGAAGACACUAAGGAUAACAGAGAUUAUGACAGUGGGACACUGAAACCAUGCAGAGUUAAAGAUCUAGUUGAAGAGUCACCUGUCCUGUACCGAACCAUGAGUGAUGCUUCCCUUGUGAAGAAAAGAGUGAAAUCUAAAACAGCUGUGGAAAGACAGAGAGCUCACCAGCACAGGUGUUCAAUCAAUGGUCAUUUUUAUAACUAUAAGACCUCUGUCUUUACGCCAAUAUUUGGGUCUGUGACCAAUGUAAGGAUAAACACUAAAAUGACGACACAAGAGGUUAUAGCUCAACUUCUUCAAAAAUUUAAGGUGGAAAAUGAUCACCAUGAAUUUGCUCUUUAUUGCAUUCAUGCAAGUGGGGAAAAAAGGAAACUAAAAGAAUCGGAUUUUCCCUUGUGGGAAAGACUUCUACAGGGACCUUCAGGAACUAUUACACAAAUAUUUUUAAUGGACAGGGAUGAGCAAGAAGUAAGCAAUGAUGUGGCUCAGUAUCUUCAAUUGGAAAUGCCCCUUUUGAAAAUCAUUCUUGAUAAGUUAAAGGACGAAGAAAACCGGGAGAUUCAAAGGAUUGUUACAAAGUACAAACAGCACAAGAGAAACAUCACACAACAAAUCUGUUCAAAAAAUAUGCCAAAGACUGAAACAACUGUAUAAAAGAAAGAGAUCAUCUCAACUUACAAAAUAGCUGUUAUUACAAAAAAGAAUAUGAUCACAAUAUGGUCAACACACUCUAAAACAAAAAGGAUUGCUGAUUCAGUAAUUCACCUUUUUCAGUGUUUCAAAAAUGCUACCUGAAAGGCACAAAAAAUAUAUCUUGUACACUGGCGGAGGGUUCUAUAUUACCAAGAAACUCAACUCUGCCUUUACUUCCAUUACACAGCAUUCAGGGGAUCAUGGGAUAUAAAGCAAGCUGCAGGGCUAUUUUCUAAUGAGUCUACUGAGGGCGCAGUGUUUAAUGAACCUGGUGAAUGAUAACGUAAUUGAUAAGAAAAAUGUCCUUCAUCCAUGCAUGCUCAGUCAAGAUCACAGGUUUUCUAGUGUUGUCUAAAAAUGUUUGGAUGUAUUUACACCAGUAGUAUGGUAAUAAGCAGUAUUGUUGCUGUACUAAUGCAAACGUAGUUUAAAUUUUUAAUAUAUCUGUCAUGAAAUAUAUAAAAUAAUUAAGUAAUUAGCUUGAUUGAUUCCAUUGCAAAACGGAAAUCCGUUAAUAAGGGUCUUUGUUUUAUUCAUGUAUUUUUUUAUAUAUAUUCACGGAGAAGUUAUAGUAGUAAAUUAUAUAAAUACAAUGUGAUAAAUAAAAAACAAAAAAUAUAUAUAUAUAUAUAAAAUGCAAAACUGAUGCCUAAUACCGCCUUAAAUCCAAUGAAUCCGUGUUUUAUAAUUGCAUCUGUUGUGGAAAGCUCAAGUCUCUGCUUUCUAUGCAUGCACCUUUUCUGGUACUGCAUUUAGAAAAGUGCAUUUUUUUAAUCAUCAUUAAUACAGGUUAUGCUUUUAGUCAAGACACCCUAGACAGCUCAAUCCAUCACCACUCAAUUGACUCUCAAUAGAAAAAUAAAAGACACGCUGGGCAGCUCAAUCCAUCACCACUCCAUUGACUCUCAAUAGAAAAACACC